UUCAAAAAAUGGCACUUAUUUGGAGGUUAUUUACAAAAAAUAACAAUUUCCAAAAAAUAAAAUUUCACAAACCAGUUAUCACAUAUAAACAGUUAUUUUCUACACGUAUAACGCCGUCAAUUAGAAUUAAUAGAAAUAUCUGUAUACUUUCCGCUUUAAAAUGUCACCGAACGAAUACUUUAGAAACAAAAAAUUUAAAACCCAUUGUACGAUUUACCACAAAAAAGAAAAAAGCAUCAGAAAUAAAAAAUUUGCUUGUAUUAGCAGCACCUGAAAAAUGGAGGUUAUUUGGUGCUAUUACUUUUCUAUUAAUUUCCUCUACUAUAACAAUGGCUGUACCAUUUUGUUUAGGAAAAUUAAUUGAUAUUAUUUAUACAAAUGACAAGAAAGAUACAAAGAAAAAUCUUAAUCAAUUUUGUAUUAUUUUGUUUGGAAUAUUUGUUAUUGGAAGUUUAUGUAAUUUCUGCAGAGUAUAUUUAAUGUCUACUGCUGGACAUAGAAUUACACAAUCUUUAAGAAAACAAUUGUAUGCUGUUAUUCUUCGCCAAGAAAUAGCAAUGUUUGAUAGAUGUAAUACAGGAGAAUUUGUUGGUCGAUUGUCUGGAGACACACAACUUGUUAGCCAUGCAUUGACGAGCAAUAUAUCGGAUGGAUUGCGUUCUGCCUCCAUGAGUAUUUGUGGAAUAUCUAUGAUGCUGUAUGCCUCACCUAAAUUAGCUAUAAUUGGUUUAAUUAUUGUACCACCAGUUGCUGCAGUUGCCAUAGUGUGUGGUCGUCUUUUAAAGAAAAUUUCUAGAGACAUACAAAAUAAUUUAGCAACUCUGAAUACAAUUGCAGAAGAAAGAAUUAGUAAUAUAAGGACAGUAAAAGCAUUUUCAAAAGAAAUAAAUGAAGCCAAUUAUUACAAUACCCAAUUAGAUAAUAUGCUUAAAGUUUGUUAUAAGGAAAGUUUAUACAGAGGAAUAUUUUUUGGAUUUACUGGGUUCUCUGGAAAUAUGAUCAUUUUAUCUGUUUUGUAUUAUGGUGGAGCUAUGGUUUCUGAUUCUUCUCUUACGAUUGGGAGUUUAAGUGCAUUCUUAAUAUAUGCAGCAUAUGUUACAAUUUCUUUAAAUGGAUUAUCUUCAUUUUAUAGUGAAUUAAAUAAAGCAUUGGGAGCAAAUAUACGUUUAGUUGAAUUGAUUGACAGAGAAUCAGCAAUACCAAUUGACAGUGGUAAGAUUCUGAAAAAACAACUUUCAGGUGAUAUUGAAUUUCAGAAUGUCAGUUUUGCUUAUUCUACAAGAGAAAAUACAUGGGUUUUGAAAAAUUUCAGUUUAAAAAUUCCAUCAAAUACUGUAGUUGCUAUUGUUGGAGCAUCAGGUUCUGGAAAGUCUACAAUAGCUUCACUCUUAUUAAGACUUUAUGAUCCCAAUUCGGGAUCUGUACUUUUAGAUAAUCAUGAUCUUAAAUUUCUUAAUCCAAUGUGGGUGAAAUCACAAAUCAGUAUCGUUUCUCAAGAACCUAUACUCUUUAGUGGGACAAUAAGAGAGAACAUAUUAUAUGGAGCAAUAAACUCUGUAAAAUAUAAUAUAGAAGAAAUAGCAAACCGUGCACACAUUUUGGAAUUUACAAAAAAUAUGCCAGAUGGUUUAGAUACAGUGAUUGGGGAACGAGGUAUUACACUCAGUGGUGGACAACGACAAAGAGUUGCUAUUGCUAGAGCUUUAAUAAAGGAUCCCAAAAUUUUAGUUUUGGACGAAGCCACGAGUGCAUUAGAUGCCGAGAGCGAAUAUUAUAUACAAAAAGCUUUAGAAAAAGCUGUUCAAGGACGAACAGUUUUAACCAUAGCUCACAGAUUAAGUACAAUAAAAAAUGCAGAUAAAGUCGUAAUCUUAAAGCAAGGACAAAUAAUAGAAAGUGGAACUUAUAAAGAACUUAUGCAUCUAAAAAAUAGUUACUUCAAUAAGUUAGUUCAACAUCAAAUAUUUAAUUAAAUUUUGUAAUAA